CUUUCAUACUCUCUGUGCGUGUGUGUGUGUGUGUGAGGCUUUGGUCUUGGUAUCUAUAUCUAGAUUGAAGCUUGCUUUCUUGGUUGUUUGUUAAUUUUGAAUAACGGGUUUAAUUCCUUGAGCGGGAUAUUGGUAGUUUCUGAUUCAUGCAAUGAUUGUUUUGAGCUAAAGACGAUUGAUUUAUGUGUUUUGGUCAUUUGGGUUCUUGAAUUAUAAUGUAGAGUCUGGCGGAUUGGUCAUCUGGGUGGUCUCAAAGAUUGAAUUUUGAGGUAGUUUUGGUGGUUGAUUGAAUUAAAGUCUGGUGCUUUGAGCUAUUUAGCCUGAAGAUUAGAUUUCUUGAGGAAUUCAACAGGCUUUGUAAAUUAUGAUUGAGUUUCGAGAUUUUGGGAAUUGGGUGGUUUGAGAAAUCAAAGAGGGGAGGAUGUACGCGGUUGGGAGGUUAGGGAGCUACAUCUCGAGGGGGUACACCGUCUCGGGGCCCUUUCACCCUUUUGGUGGAGCUGUGGAUAUUAUUGUAGUUCAACAAGAAGAUGGGAGCUUCAAGUCUUCGGCAUGGAAUGUCAGGUUUGGCAAGUUUCAAGGAGUUUUGAAGUCCAAGGAGAAGGUGGUGAACAUUUGUGUAAAUGGAGAGGAGGCUAGUUUCCACAUGUAUUUGGAUAAUAAAGGGGAGGCCUACUUCCUUAGGGAGGUUGAUGCAAAAGAAGGGGAAUCUGUGUUGUUUCCUUCCACGUCUUCCAGUGAUGAGACGGAUGAGCAAUCUCGAGAAAAGAGGCAGCCAGUGAAGUCCAAAAGUUGCAAGUAUGAUGCUGAAAGUUUGAUUGUUGAUCACAAUAAUAAGUGCAAUGGGAAGGUAUUAUCCAGGACAAAUUCCCGGAAGUCGCGGAUAUUUGGGAUAUUUGGAAGCAGGUCAAUGAAGGAGAGAAUGACGGUCAACGAGGAGGCAGAGGGUGACAAUAGCACGAUUGGAAGGGUGGAUUCUUUGGAGCGUGCAGAGUUUGCGGCCAACCUUUUGGAGGUGAAAUGGUCCACUAGUCUUGCCACCAAGAAAAACAGGAAAGAGGGUGGUUCUCGUCUCUCUUGUCCUGAUAUUUUGGAGAGUGGAGUUGAUGAAGAUAUGCAGAUUAGUUCUGAGCACCGCCGGGUUUGCUCAUCUCUACCUGAUUGUGCUUUGCAGGAGGCGACUGCCUUCUGCAAUUCCCAAAUAGGCAAUGAUCCUCUGUCUCGCUUUGACAAAACACCUAGUUAUGCGGAGGAAGCUAGUCUAAUUUCAUGUUUAAACACCCCGAAUAUAGUGUCUAGAGUAUGCAUAGAAUUGGAUGAGUCUGGGGCAACUGAAAAUGAUGGAAAUGUAAAGGCACUCGUACCCAAUAUCACAGGUUCGGAUCCUACAAUUCCACACUCACUAGAGGUGGAAGCAUUUCCAUUUCCUGGAAAGCGUUUUGUUGGACAGGUUUUUGAUGACAAAGGUGUUGUACUAGCUGGCUGUGGCAUUUCCGAGAAGGGCGGUGGAAUAGAUAGAGUUGAAUCCUUUAUUUACUGUCAAUCAUCAGAGAGUGCAGUAGUGGGAACAUAUGGUUCCAGCGAACAAACUCAUGAAAAACUUUACAUUGCUAGAGGAGAUUGUGGAAAAGUUCAUGUUCAUGCCGAAGCAGUACAUGCCAGAACUGAACUGCUAUCUAAGGAAGCAGUUACUGAGCAGUUUGUUGAAGAUAUUGCCUUAAAGGUGCAACCAUUGGAGGCUCCUGAAACUUAUUCUCACGAAACAGCUCAUCAUUCUUGCAUAGGUAACCAUAAUGGGGACCUUGGAGGGCCAGCAAAAGAUCCAGAGCACUGUAGUCAAAUGGUCCAUAUUAAUGCAUUGCCUGAUUCAGUUGAGAUUGAAUCACGUAUCCUACCUAGGUUAAGCAAUUCUGACCAUCAAGUUCAAGAUGAGAAAGAAUUUAAAGGCGAAGAUAUCACAUGUGAUGUCCAAACCUCUCCGGGGAGAUUAGAAGAAGAAUUCCUUUUCAGUGACUCUGACGAACUCAACACCACUAAGGUUCAAUGCACGGAGUCAAGUUCUUCACAAUGUGUAGAUGGAGAAAUUAGUGUCUUGUAUGGUCCAGAUGGCAGUAAAGAAUUUAAUGGGUCAGCAGUCAGUACAAAUUAUGAAUCAUACUCAUCUCCAGAAAAGUUUGCUCAAGAAAUCCCCUCAACUGGUUUUGAGAAAGUUAUAGGUAAACUGAAGGCAACAUCAACUACAGUCGACAUCCCCAGAAAUCAAAAGGCUGCUGAUAAGGAAGUUGGGAUGCUGGUGGGAUCAUUGCCCAGUAUGUGGCAUCAGACUGACAAUUUGAGUGCAUUGGAUCUUGAUGCUCCUUUAAGCCAUUCGCUGGACUCAAAAGCCAAAACCUUGAAGUGGAUACAGCAAAAUAGAGAUGAUUUGAGCUGUAUAAAGUUGGACAUAGAGCAACAGUUACCUCUGGUGAAGCUAGACGCUGAGAAUGCUGAGGGUACAGAGGAGCUCAAAGAUGUUCCCGGCAGUCCUGCACUAGGAGAUCCAUCAAAAGCUAGUGUUACCCCUAGUGGAAGCUGGAAACUCUGGCCUUUCCGUUUCAGGAGAACAAAUUCCCAGAAGGCUAUGCAACCAAAUCUGAAUGAUUGUGGAAGUCCUGAAGUUGAGAAUGCUUCAGAGAGCGUGGUUGGUGUGGAUAGUAGUAACAUUGUGCUUACACCAAAGGGGAUGAAGAAAACAGAAAGGGCAACCUCUCCAACAUCUGAGCAGUUGGCAUCCUUAAAUCUAAAUGAAGGGAGAAAUACAGUAACUUUCACAUUUUCUACUGCAAUGCUAGGAAAGCAGCAGGUUGAUGCCAGAAUUUAUCUUUGGAAAUGGAAUACUCGUAUAGUGAUCUCAGAUGUGGAUGGGACAAUCACAAAAUCAGAUGUUCUAGGUCAGUUCAUGCCCUUGGUUGGUGUAGAUUGGUCACAAACAGGUGUCACACAUUUGUUUUCAGCCAUUAAGGAAAAUGGAUAUGAAUUACUUUUUUUGAGUGCACGUGCCAUUUCUCAGUCCUCUCAGACGCGACAAUUUCUGUUUAACCUUAAGCAGGAUGGGAAGGCUUUACCUGAUGGGCCUGUUGUUAUUUCUCCAGAUGGACUUUUUCCUUCUCUUUUUCGGGAAGUUAUCCGGAGGGCUCCUCAUGAAUUCAAGAUUGCAUGCUUAGAGGAUAUCAAAUCACUGUUCCCUUCUGAUUGCAACCCGUUCUAUGCUGGUUUUGGAAACAGAGAUACUGAUGAAUUCAGCUACCUUAAGGUUGGAAUCCCCUUGGGUAAAAUCUUCAUCAUUAAUCCCAAGGGUGAGAUUGUUGUGAACCGCCGUGUUGAUGCAAAGACAUAUACCUCCCUUCAUGCUCUCGUAAAUGGCAUGUUCCCCCCCACAACCUCCUCACACGAGCAGGAGGAUUUUAAUUCGUGGAAUUUCUGGAAACUCCCACCACCUGAUGUCAGUUGAGGUGUAAAACAGUCUUUGGCCUUCUUUGGUCCUCUCUAGAUAUGUAAAUAGAUGAGUUUUGCGACGCUUGUUUCAGAAUUGUCAAGGUAAAUUCCAACUUCACAUUUGCUUAAUCUGUCAGAAACUCAGUGUGGAGUUUUGGUUGUAGAAUGACAGUGCAGCAUCCAAUGAACUUUCAGAAUAUGAUCGCUGAAGUUCUGCUUUGCUUCAUUUUUGCUGAGCUGGCUGAUAUAGUGGCGACUCGAAGCAAUAUAUGGAAGACAUACAGAAAAACAGUUGGACGGAGGGAUCCUGCUCCAGUUGGUCUCGUUGUUUUUCUCUGUUAAAUCCAAUUUUGUCUAGUUCACGUAUUUUAGUCCCAUGAACACUUCGAUUUGUAAGUAUUAUUGGACACCGACAUGGGUAAUAGGCUGUUGCACAUAUUUCAUGUACAGAAAUUAUUUAUAAAUGUAAAUUCAUUUUUCAUAUCCUAUACAAUCGUUCUGAUCCUUUC